AUGGAAGACGAUAAUAACACUGAGGAAAUCCAUUCCCAUCCACCAGAAAACGUAAGUGAUACUGAGUCAUCUUCACCCACACAGCUGGCACAGGCUAUCGUUGCCGACCAGCCAUGUAUUUCAAUGAUAUCAAGCGCGAUUUUGUCUACCAUCCGUGCCGAUUCAUCAAACGGUCUCGUUUCUCUGCCAUCGCCGGUUGAGUAUGCCACCGGAGAGUCUUUGGACCAAACGGUGAAAUCACGAAAAAGAACAAUGCCCAUUGAAGUUGACGUGCAGGCCAAGCUCCGUGAAAUGAACGACAAGUGGUGGUCAGAGAGAACAAAACUUCUUCAGGCAAGCGCUGACYCGCAUGAUGCGAAAACGUUCCACAACGCGAUAARAGCUGUGUAUGGACCAUCGUCGAGAGGAACAUGUCCACUCUUUGCUGUAGACGGAGAAACAUUGAUUAAAGAACCUUCUUUGRUCCUSGCGCGCUGGGCAGAGCACUUUAGCCAACUUCUAAAUCGCGAAUCAAGAAUCCUUGAAGAUGCCAUAGACGAAAURACACAACGGCCUAUUAUUGACGAGCUCGACAAUGUCCCUGUCGUAGCUGAGACUGUCAAAGCAAUCAAUCAACUUUCAAGCGGCAAAGCACCUGUCGACGAUGGCAUCCCACCGGAAGUGUUCAAAUAUGGGGCUGUGUAUGGACCAUCGUCGAGAGGAACAUGUCCACUCUUUGCUGUAGACGGAGAAACAUUGAUUAAAGAACCUUCUUUGGUCCUGGCGCGCUGGGCAGAGCACUUUAGCCAACUUCUAAAUCGCGAAUCAAGAAUCCUUGAAGAUGCCAUAGACGAAAURACACAACGGCCUAUUAUUGACGAGCUCGACAAUGUCCCUGUCGUAGCUGAGACUGUCAAAGCAAUCAAUCAACUUUCAAGCGGCAAAGCACCUGUCGACGAUGGCAUCCCACCGGAAGUGUUCAAAUAUGGGGGUGACGCUCUAGUUACUGAACUGACUAAGUUCUAUCAAAAACUCUGGCUAGACGAAGCCGUUCCACAGAGAUUUAAGGAUGCGAUUCUGAAGCACCUAUGCAAAAACAAGGGUGACAGAAGAUUGUGUGACAACCAUAUAGGGAUAUCACUUCUCAACAUAGCUGGCAAARUGUUCGCAAGAAUCAUUACCAACCCGUUUUGCGGGUUAAGAACUGGAAGAGGAACUACAGAUAUGAUGUUUUCAGCUCGGAAGAUGCAAGAAAAGUGUAGAGAACAGAAGCUCGAUCUGUUUAUGGUGUUUAUAGAUCUCACCAAAGCCUUUGAUUCCAUCAACCGCGAAGGCCUCUGGAAAAUCCUCCUUAAGCUAGGGUGUCCACCAAGAAUGGUAAAUAUAAUCCGCUCAUUUCAUGAUGGCAUGACGGCACGUGUAUCAGAUAAUGGAACUACAUCUGACCCAUUUCCUGUAACAAAUGGAACCAAACAAGGUUGUGUUAUGGCCCCGCUACUCUUUGGAAUUGUCUUUUCUGCGAUGCUCCAUGACGCRCUCGAGAUUGCRACAGAGACAGUCUCAUCAGGUUCAGAAAGGAUGGUGGUAUUUUCAACCUUCGACGCCUCAAGGUGA